UUUUAUACCUGACACAUGAGUAAAAAAUUCGAGACAAUAUUUAAAAUUAUUCUUCAGUUUUAAGAGCCAUGGACAAGGAUAAGAGCAGGGCCAAGGCGGGCAACUCCUGCAAAUGUGGCGAUAAGAAGCAACAGGAAUCUGGGAAGGAAGCUUGGAUUGCUCCGCUGACCUCCAUGACGAGCAGCAUCGAAGCCCCCAGCUCAUCACCCAGGUCGGUUCGGGAUCCUAGUCCUAUUCCUUCUCCACCCCGUACUAUUCCUUCUCCGAAGAAAUGUGCCUGCCGCCGGUCGAAUGCAGCUCCAGCAGAAACCAUUCCUUUGGGAUCCCCAUACCUGAGCACCAUCGGUGCUGCCGAAGAAUCCAGAUCAGCCCCCACAUACCCUGCUGCCAAUGAAUCGAAGUCAUCUCCCUCAUUCCCUGCUGCCGAUGAAGCGAACUCUUCCCCCCCAUCCCCUGCUGCAGAUGAAUCCAACUCCCAAUACACUGUCGCACGACAAUCCGCCAUUAAAGGCGCCAACGAGGACGAUCUGAGUCGGGAGGCUCGCAAGAGCUCCCACAUAACAGUGGCGACAUCCAAGAACACGACACGGCCGGGCUCGACGGAGAAAAUCGAACGGGUGAUGGGAUCGCAACGCUAUACAUUGGAUUCCGUGGAUGAGGGUAUGCAUCGGGGACGCAUCUUUGGAGUCUCCGGCCCGGUUGUCAAUGCCGAAGAGAUGGCCGGAGCUGCUAUGUACGAGCUGGUGCGUGUGGGUCACUACCAGCUGGUGGGUGAAAUCAUUCGGUUGGAGGGCGACAUGGCCACCAUACAGGUGUACGAGGAUACUUCCGGGGUCAGUGUCGGGGAUCCCGUGUUCCAAACUGGCAAGCCUUUGUCCGUGGAACUGGGUCCCGGCAUCAUGGGCAGUAUUUUCGACGGAAUCCAGCGACCUCUACGCAAAAUUAAUGAGCUGACCAACUCCAUUUACGUCCCCAAGGGCAUCGACGUGCCCAGCUUGUCCCGAGAUGUUCAGUAUUCAUUUACGCCCAGUAAAAUCAGAACAGGAGACUUAGUUUCGGGCGGUGAUAUCUACGGAAAUGUGGUGGAGAACACGUUGAUGCUGCACCACUUGAUGCUGCCGCCCCGCUGCCAAGGUCGCCUUAAGUGGAUUGCUCCUCCCGGAAAUUAUGCCGUAGACGACGUGGUAGUGGAGACAGAACUGAACGACGAGGUUACCAGGCACACCAUGCUACAGGUGUGGCCAGUGAGAAGGCCUCGUCCCUCAGAUGACAAGUUGCCCAGCACCACUCCGUUGCUGACUGGCCAGCGGGUGUUGGACGCCUUCUUUCCGUGUGUUCAGGGCGGAACCACAGCCAUUCCGGGUGCCUUCGGAUGCGGAAAGACUGUGAUAUCACAGUCGCUCUCCAAGUACUCCAACUCCGAUUGCAUCAUUUAUGUGGGCUGCGGCGAAAGAGGCAAUGAGAUGUCUGAGGUACUGCGGGACUUCCCCCAGUUGGAAAUUGAAGUAAACGGCACCAUGGAGUCCAUCAUGAAGCGCACCGCUCUCGUGGCCAACACAUCCAAUAUGCCUGUGGCGGCGCGAGAGGCUUCUAUCUACACGGGGAUUACGCUUUCUGAGUAUUUCCGCGACAUGGGCUACCAUGUGUCCAUGAUGGCGGACUCCACCUCCAGAUGGGCCGAGGCGCUGCGUGAGAUCUCUGGACGAUUGGCUGAAAUGCCAGCAGAUGCCGGUUACCCGGCCUAUUUGGGAGCACGACUGGCUUCCUUCUACGAACGAGCUGGCCUCGUCAAGUGUCUCGGCGGUCCGGAACGCUUUGGCUCGGUUUCCAUUGUGGGAGCUGUCUCGCCACCCGGCGGUGAUUUCUCCGAUCCGGUUACCUCAGCCACUCUCAGCAUCGUCCAGGUGUUUUGGGGCCUCGACAAAAAACUGUCGCAGCGAAAGCACUUCCCCUCCGUUAAUUGGCUCCACUCGUACUCGAAGUACAUGCGUACGGUGGACACCUACUACGAGGAGAAGAAUCCGGAGUUCACCUUCCUGCGGGCGAAGGCCAAGCAGGUGCUGCAGGAGGAGGAUGACUUGGCCGAAAUCGUGCAGUUGGUGGGAAAGGCGUCGCUGAACGAGGGCGACAAAAUAAAACUGGAGGUGGCCAAGAUGCUGAAGGAUGACUUCCUGCAACAGAACUCCUACAGCACCUACGACGCUUACUGUCCCUUCUUCAAGACCCAGGCGAUGCUGAAGAACAUGAUGACCUUUUACGACGCGGCGAUGCAGGCCGUCCAGAAUACGGCACAGGAGGACGCCAAGGUCACGUGGGGUCUGAUCCGCACAAGGGCCAGCCAGCUCCUCUACGACAUAUCCAUGAUGAAGUUCCAGGAUCCAAAAUUAGGCGAAACAGUCGUUGUGGCGGCGAUGGACAAGCUGCACGACACGAUUAUAAAGACAUUGAGGGAAAUCGAGGAGACCGCCGGAGACUUUUAAUAAUGAGUCAGUAUAGAGUAUCCUAUUAUAAAGUACAAAAUUAUUUGUUCAUUUUUGAGAGUAUUUUGCAAAAGUAGCCGUGCAACGUAUUUAAUUUUUUGUAAAUCAUAUUAAAAUCUCUGUAUUACUCUUGUCCUGAUAA